AUGGAGCCCCUUGGCACUGCCCCCCAGGCAUCAUCUUACGUCCCUAUCGCAGAGCACCAGUCGCGCACGCCGAGCUCCUUCCAUUCUGGACCACCGGUACUGCACUACCACAGCCAGCGAUGCAAAGUCGUGAUCCUUGAAAGCGACCUUCUCGCCAACCCCGUUCUGAACGCUCUCCGCGGCGAGGAUGCGACAGCGAACGGAGAUGCACAAGCCGAAGAAGAAAGCAAAGAGGUUACCAUUGAGGCCGUGGACACAUGGGUGGGAUCUGAUAAAUUCAUCCUCUACUCCCCAAGCGCCUCAGCAGGAGUCUCAAUUCCCUACCCAUCUAUCUCCCUACACGCCAUCCAGCGUCUGCGCGUCCCAGGCUCCGACUCCCCCGAAGUCCAAGGACUAUACAUGCAAAUCGCAAUCCCCACCGCUCCCUCCCAAGACGAUGAAGAACAAUGCGUCAUUCUAACCGUCGUACCAUCCAACGAUGAGACGCCAGCCGAACACACAGAUACACCGCCAGAACUCGAUACCUCUGACGAAACAGAAUCGCCCACACAACAGCUCUACGAUGCUGUCUCCGCCUGCUCGAACCUUCACCCCGACCCUGUGGAACCGGGUGAUGAAGAUGAGGAGGAUGAGGGGAAGUUCCUUACUGCUGAGGAGCACGGACACGCGCUUUACCAGCUUGGGAGGGAUGCGAUUGACUCUGGUAAUGGGGAUCUGCCACCUCCUGUGGCUGGGAGUUCGGGAUGGAUUACGGCGGAGAAUAUGAAUGAGUUCUUUGAUGAAGAGGGCAAUUGGAUUGCGGAGGGUGAGCCUCCUGCUUUCCCGUUGGGUCCUGGGGCUGGGACUGUUCGGGAGCGGGAGAAUGGGGUGGAGAAUGAAGAGGACGAUGAGACGAAGUGGCGACGGACUGAUUGA